AUGAAGGAUUUUUAUCGUUUCAUUGGAGACAUCGCUUGCAUAGAUGUUCCAUGUGUGGAAGGUCUGUAUACAUGGUUCAAUAGCUAUGGUUCUUCGAUAAGCAGACUUGACAGGUUUCUGGUGUCAGAUAAUUUGAUUGAUGAUUGGAAGAUUAUGGCGCAAUAUAUAGGUAGAAGGGGCAUAUCUGAUCAUUUUUCAAUCUCGCUGAAGACUAAUAAUGUAGAUUGGGGUCCAAGGUCGUUUAAUUUUAACAAUUGUUGGUUAAAACACUCUAGUUUCUUGAAGUUUGUGGAGGUUGAAUGGAAAUUCUACGUAGUCAGGGGUAGAGGGGAUUAUGUUUUGAAAGAGAAACUGGGUCUGCUUAAAGCUAGCCUGGAGAAAUGGAAUGUAUAUGUAUUUGGGUCUGAAGGUGGAAGAGGCGGUUCGAGACCUUAA